AUGAACAGCAACAGUGACUUUUUGCAGUGCACUACCAAUUUCACAGAUGGGAUCGUUUCAGAGGCGAUGCUUCGGGACUAUUUUUUGAAGAAAACCGAGCAUUUUGCUGAUGAGAUCACGCAACGGUGUGCGCGUCUAGACCGUCGUGCGGAUGGUGUGAAGCACGGCAUCCUACAGUCCAUGGUCGCAGCUCGCGCGACACAGUUGUUGCCCUGUUUCCAGUCCAUUUGCUUGACGCGUGCACGACAAAUUCAACAGCAGCGUUCUCAACUCGUGCAGGCUCUGCAACGCUACGCGCAGCAGCUCAUGUCGAACAAGUCCUUACACACUACACCCAGCGUGCGAGCCGGAGGGAAUCAGCACGACCCCAGCGACGGGGCGGCACGUUCCUGCUACUCUAACCUGGAGUUCGUGUGGGGUGCUGUGGAGGCGGCGAUGGAGCGGGAGCCGGCGUAUUAUACCGUCGCAUUGUGCCCCCCAACGGCAGCCCUGGAGGAUUUUAUUAUGGAGGCUGUUUUGAAGCGACGGCUUCAUGAAAAGUUGGCGAAUGCGUUGGAGGACCACACCACCCAUGUGGCCGCACCGUUUGCCAGGGAAGAAGCGGAUCCAAACGGCACCUCGAUCCCGAACGCGGCAGUGGUGCAGGAGAGUCUUCGGUUGCUAUUGCAGUGUAUGCGGCAUACGCCGGUUGCCUCACCGCAUGGGAAGCCGAGUGCGGCUGCAAAUUCACCGAUGGAGGACCUUCUCGACACACGCAGCCUCAACGAGGAAGAGGACGAGUGUGUGAUGAACGGUGAAGUCGACCCAGUGGACAAUAACGGACGGACCUUGGAGGGUUGCGGAAUCCGGGCCGAUUCGCCUUCCUUGGAUCGAUCCCCCUGCACCUUAAGCUUGCCCUUAUUUGUCUCUCUUACGCAGUACUGCUGCGAUGCGCCGUGGGUUGGCCCCGGCAUCCCUCUUACCGACCUUAAGGAGAAGAAGAAGCCGCCGCGACGUCCGGCGGCGCCGACAGAGGUGGGCCAGGUUAGCCCAGAAUACCUAGGCCACGAGGCCGCGGAGGAGGACCCGACGCUGGGUUUUCUUUUCUCACCACUUACACGAGGGGCUGAGCACGGCCCUGGUGGGCCGCGUUUCCCGGACCGAUACCACACGACUGCCACCGGUGACGGCGAUAAUGACUCAGAGGAGCCUCAGCAAGCGGGGCCCUCCUUCCAACAGAGGUUAACAUCCGAGGUCGUGAGGGUUCUGACGCGUGCUGUAGAUGCGGCGUGGGCGUGUGUCCCGUCGACGGUCACGGAUUACCUCACAAAAAAAGGGCUUGUUGAACAGCUAACUGCCGUAACUCCCGAUGACGCGAGCGGGGAUGACAAGGACGUGUUCUGGUGCGUCGAGCAGCUGAUGGACGUGCUGCGGAUUGCGUACGCGGUUGAACUGGCGGCGCGCGUGUUGGCCUUGAGGACUUCAAUGCAGGUUUUAGUUGAAAGUGACACUGCCGCGUUGUUCGAUGCAGUGCGGGCGAGCAGCUUCAUCCUUGUGGCGCCAUGUGGCACCACCACCCCGCAAGAUCCCUCUGGGCCUGGGUCAACGCUUGAUACCUUACAAUCAGGUACACUUCCCGAAACACGCUUUUCCAGUCUCGCGGAGUAUUUUGAGGGAGCCGGCAAGAAGGCGAUCGGGGCCACACUAGUCCCGAUGACGGUCCUAAAUCUUCCGGGAAUCGAAAGUGUUUUCUACUGUAUUGCCUACACGGCAGGCGCUGCUCUGCUCUGUGAUGCCACGGCUGCAAUUCAACACGCGGCCAAGGGUUUGGACGCGGCGACACCCAUUAAUGUGGAUAUCCCCGAGAAGCACGGUAGCUUCCAUACGGGUGGUGGUGUAAAUGAGGAAUGUGAAAAGGCAACUGUGAUUCCGCAGUCCCCUUACAACAGUGGUGGCGCCAUUGAAUGGGAUCGAAUUUUGUUGAAACGCUACGUUGAGGCACUGGGACAGGUAAUGAUGGGCGGGUCGCCCGUUUUUCUAUCAUUCGCCCGGGCGCAGAGGGUUUGGGUUUACUUGUGGGAAAACGUAUUCCUUGUCGUUGACUCCUAUGGUGCUGAACCCCCUCCUCUCCAGUCUGCGUCCCCAGCGCAGUUUGGACGGAAGGAUGGAAACAUAGAGCGCGUUACGCUUUCUGAGCGGUUGGCGCGCCGAUGGGUGUGCGUUCAGACUACGGCUGCAGUAGAUUAUGCAUUGCAACGCGUGUUCCUUAUCUGUCCUCCGCCUCUGCGUUACCGGGGGCCACAUAAUGAAUCGUCUAUGAAUGAGAACAGCACAUCAUCAGAGUUGGUAGGAGCGACGGCACGGCGCAUGGAGCAGGCCAUGAUGAGUAUGUUGAGAAACAGAGACCAAUAG